CAUUUCUUUCUCAUAAUCAUAAGGAGAGUAAAGAGAUGGAGUUGUUAUUUGGAAGAAGAAGAGAAAAUGUUAAAGGAGUUGUAGUUUUAUCAGAAGACACAAUUAUUAUUUCAGGAGCAAAUCAAGCUGUUGUUCCAUCCAAUCAAUCAGUACACAUAAGUCCUGAUGGAUUAAAUUCAUUAAACAUAAGUGUUUCAACCCUCAAUCAUUUAUUUCAUGGAGCCAAUCGAGUUCUUAAUGGAGCCAAUCGAGUUCUUCAUAAAUUCAGUGAAUCUUUAGGAGGAAAUGUUUCUCUUCAACUCGUUAGCUCUACCAAUCAAUCAUGGAACGGGAAAGGGAAGGUGGGAAAAAAAGUUUACCUUGAAAAGAGGAGUAGUAAAAUGAAAUGUUCAUGUGGAGGAGAUUUUGUUUCAUUUGAAGUAAAUUUUAAGUGGGAUGAAGAGAUUGGACUUCCGGGAGCUUUCCUUAUAAGAAACAAACAUUUUACCAAAUUCUACCUCAAAUCUCUUACUCUUGAAAAUGUUCCUGGCCAUGGAACUAUCCAUUUUGAUUGCAACUCUUGGAUUUACCCUUCUUUUAAAUCCAAACGCAUCUUCUUUAUCAACAAGGCAUAUCUUCCAUUUCAAACACCGGAGGCACUACAAGAGUAUAGAAAUGACGAGCUUAUAAAGUUAAGAGGAGAUGGAAUAGGAGAGCGUCAAGAAAGAGACAGAAUAUAUGAUUAUGAUGUUUACAACGAUCUUGAUGAGAAAGAUUUAGGUUCAGAAAAUGCUAGACAAAUUCUUGGAAACUCGAGUGACUAUCCUUAUCCUCGUAGAGGAAGAACUGGACGAGGACCUUCACCUCGAGGCAAGAUUUUCUUUUGAUUUUUGACAUACACAGAAGAAAAAAAAAAAAA